UUACAAAACUCGCUAUUUCCAUAAAGUCAUUCACAAGUUGUAUGAAUCGAAGACCGGGAGAAGCGUUCGGAGCUGGGACGGCCGGAACCUCAUCGGUGUUUGAAUCGAAGGAAGAGUCGGAAGAAGACAAAACAGAGCAUGGUUGCAUUGACUUUAUUACCCUCAACUACUAGCGGGUCGUUAGGAGAUUCCUUUCAGAAACACAAACGGAAUAUUUAUCUAUAUUUUUUGCGCGGAGAGUUUUCAUUUAGUCAAACGUGAAAAAUACGCAUAUUUAGACACGAUUCUCAUCAUCCAGAAAUCUUGUAUGCUUCGCCACUGUUCCAAUAAUUCUCAGCUUCUUCGGAUUUCCAGAUCAAUCUCGAUGAGUAGCAGCAGUGUAAAGAAACUCAUUAAGAUCGAUGUCGUUGCCGACACCGUCUGCCCAUGGUGCUUCGUGGGCAAAAAGAAUUUGGACAAAGCAAUAGCUUCAUCAAAUGAUCAAUACAAUUUCGAGAUCAAAUGGCAUCCUUAUAUGCUUAAUCCAAAUGCGCCAAAAGAAGGCGUUGUUAAGAAGGAUUAUUACCUGAAUCGAUUUGGGCCUCGCUCUAUACAGAUGGAAUCUCGAAUGGCUGAGAUUUUUAAGGGCUUGGGAAUGGAUAAUUAUGACACAUCAGGACUCACUGGGAACACACUGGACAGCCAUAGGUUGAUAUAUUUUGCCGGGACACAGGGGUUAGACAAGCAGCAUAAACUUGUCGAGGAGCUUGGUGUAGGCUACUUCACGCAGGGAAAGUAUAUAGGCGACAAGGAAUUUCUCGUGGAGUGUGCCAAGAAGGUCGGAGUAGAAGGAGCAGCCGAGUUUCUUCAAGAUCCCAACAAUGGACUCAAGGAGGUUAAUGAGGACCUUAAACGCUACGCAUCACAAAUCAAUGGAGUCCCUCAUUACACGAUAAACGGUAAGAACCAGCUGAGUGGAGGUCAACCACCCGAGACCUUCCUACGAGCUUUUCAAACGGCUGCAUGACUGGUACCUGAACCAAACUGAGGAACAAUAGUCUCUUUGAUGAAGUGUUGGUCACUUUCCUCGUCAACAUAUGUUCUGUGCCAAGUCUUAUUUAAUAUUAUGUGUUUGAGGUGGUCUGAUUUUGUAAGAUAUUGUGCUGCAGACUUCUAAUGUCUUGAUUGUGUGAUUGAUGAUAUAAUAUGUGGUGCUCCUAAUCAUUCAAUGGUAAAUUAUUUUAUUGUGAUCA